GCUCUUUUCAGAUUUCUUAUAUUUUAUUCGUUUUACCUGAUUGGAGUCUCACUCUGACUGCCGCGGAAUUAUUGUUUAAUUAUUGAAAAAAUUGGCGCUAUGGCAUCUUGCACCGGAAGAUAGAAGCUGGCCCACACAAUCUUGAAUCACCAUAUACGGAAAUCGAUCUCCCGAUUGCUAGUGCCCGACACGCGAAUGAAACUCCGCCGUGUGAAGGUAUAAAGAGGUUGGAUGUAAAGGUUUCACCAGAACAAGUCCCUUUCUGCUCUUACCACCAUCACCCCGUCGGUUUGACGCGUGGAUUUGCGAUGCGGUUCACCCCCACACUCGUUGCCUCUUCUCUCCUUACUGUCCUCUUCUCUACCGCCUUUGCAGCGUCGCCCAGCCUUAUAAAGUCGCACAAGACCUCUCGAACCCUCGCGCAACGCCAAUACCACCGCCAGCCCCGCGACCUCCUCGACAUCUGUCUCUCCCUCGAUGCCGACGUUCUUCUUAAGGGCGAUAUUCUGUCGCUACUUCCCCUCGAUAUCUUUACUGGCUUAAAUCUUUGUUUGUGUCUUCAGGAUCUGGACAUCUUCUUGGACACUAAUGUCGCUGUGAACCUCCUCGGUCCCGAUGUGAAGUCCCUCCUUGAAACUAGGUUGAGGGCUUUGAUCAAUACCGGAGGCGAGCACUGCGACACCCUUCCCGCUCAUUCUCAUCGCGUAUGCAACAACCACAAUCCUUGUCACUGGAAAUGCGACAGUCCCUAUGUCCAGGAAGGUGAUCAGUGCGUCUGCCCACCGCCAAAGACUGAGUGUAAUGGUAAAUGCGGGGUAUUUAUCCGCGGUUGUGGUUCAGCUGUUCCCCGUUCGCACAAACGACGUCAUGCGCAGAUUACCACCCUGACGGAAGCUCAGGCCACAUGCCAAACUGGGGAAACCGUUUGUGGUGUUCCUAAUCCAAAGGGCAAAUAUGAUUACGAAUGUGUACCCACCGCCUGCGCUUUGGACAGUUGUGGUGGAUGUACCUUUCCUCAUCCGUUCGGUUCAGCGCAGUCUUCCCAGGGUGUUGACUGCAACACAAUUCCCUUCUUGGUGACAGGCUUGUGCCGCGCUGGCCGGUGCGUCGUCCAUAAAUGCCGUCAGGGAUUCCAGCCUAGCACAGACCAGACCCGCUGUGUCACUGAUGGAACAGAACGCCGGUCUCUUUCUUUCGUCGAUUUGCGCCCUGUAGGUGUGGACUCCACUACUGCGCUCGAUUUGGGAAAAGGCGUCGGCGAUCUUCUCAACAACUUAUCGGCGGCCCUCGGUCUCGAGUCACUUAUCCACCCCCCCGCUAAUGCCACGCCAAACUCCAAUGAUGAAAUCCUAGCAAACGUAAACCUUCUCAUACGUCUGGUCCUGUGUUUGGAUUCUCAAUCACGAUCUUUGCAACGUCCACUUCAUCGUCUCUCUCUGAUGUCGUCCCUCGACUCCUUGAUUUAGCUGUCAAGCUUAAUGCGAAGGUUACGGUCGAUCUUGAUAGCGACCUUGGCCGGCUCACCGAUCUGUCCAGUUUGCUGAACUCGCUGCUCGCUUUGUUGGAUAAUACCCUGGCGCUAAGCGGCUUGACAGACAAUACAGUCCAGGCGUUGACCGACAUUCAAACAACCAUCCUUGCGUUGAACGUUGUUUUAGGAAGGAUAUUGGACCAGUUGAGCGCGUGUGGAUGUCAUACCUCCAGCUCUCUUCUCGACGGCACCAAGUUGUUGAUUACCAGCAUCCUCCAG